UAUCCUUCCGCAUGGCUGGGGCACAGGGGAACGCCUCUAAAGGGGAAAGAAAGGCGAGGGAAGAAAAAGAAAACCCUGCGCGCUCUCGCACACGCAUCGACCGCUGGCAAAUACGGCGUGGUGCGAAGCGAAGGAGGGUGAAAAAGCUCAUCUUGUGCUCCAGCAGGGGCUUCCUCUGCCACAGGAAGGCGGCUGGCUGGCUGGCUGGCUAGCUGAGGGGAAGCCUCCGCUUGCUCCACAAUUUCGCUUCCCUCCUCCUCUGACUCUUUGCCCAGUGGAAUGAUAUCCAGACUCGAUUUUUUCGUGUCGUCGUUGUUGUGGAGGCAGGAAGUGAGGAAUAUUUUCACUGUGAGUGACUGAAAGGAGAGGUGCAGGAGGCUCUUUCCUACAGGAAAAGGGGACCCAAGAAGGCUUUUCUCACCCUCCCCUCCCACUGACCCAAAGGAAUACCCAUAACAUGGCUUUAUCCGGAUUGUUCUCCAAACUGGGCCUGGCUUGUUGCAAUUAAAGGAAAUCUUCUUUGCCUGGAUUACUGCAACAGAAUUUUUGCUGAUGCUUUGUUUGCUCAGAACUUGGAGGAAAACCUGCCACUUUUUGAUGGCUGCUGCCGCAGCUGCUGGCUAAUCGUCUGGGGACUUCAUAGCUCCUGACUGUUCCUGGGAGGGAAGACGUUCCUGGAAGGUUUUCUGUGACUUCUUGUGAAUGUGUUAGGGAAGAAAAUGCCUCUGCCUUUUGGGCUGAAGCUGAAACGAACUCGGCGGUACACGGUGUCUAGCAAGAGCUGCUUGGUGGCCCGCAUCCAGCUGCUUAAUAAUGAGUUUGUGGAAUUCACACUGUCGGUGGAGAGCACCGGACAGGAAAGCCUGGAGGCCGUAGCGCAGAGGCUUGAACUUCGAGAGAUCACUUAUUUUAGUCUCUGGUAUUUCAACAAGCAAAACCAGCGCCGGUGGAUAGACUUGGAUAAGCCUCUGAAAAAGCAAUUGGACAAAUAUGCACUGGAGCCAACUGUAUUCUUUGGUGUGGUGUUUUAUGUGCCUUCUGUCUCUCAGCUUCAGCAGGAGAUUACCAGAUACCAGUAUUACCUGCAAUUGAAGAAAGAUGUAUUGGAAGGAAACAUUCCUUGCAUGUUUGAACAAGCAGUUCAUCUGGCUGGCUUAGCUGUUCAAGCUGAUUUUGGAGAUUAUGACCAAUAUGAAUCACAGGAGUUUCUACAGAGAUUUGCCUUGUUUCCUGUGGGUUGGUUGCAAGAUGAAAAGAUCAUGGAAGAAGCAACCCAGAAAGUGGCCUUACUACAUCAGAAGUACAGAGGCCUCACACCACCUGAUGCAGAAAUGUUAUAUAUGCAAGAAGUUGAGAGAAUGGAAGGAUAUGGUGAAGAGAGCUAUCCUGCAAAGGACAGCCAAGGAAGUGACAUAUUCAUUGGAGCUUGUCUCGAUGGCAUCUUUGUGAAGCACAAAAAUGGCCGGCCUCCUGUCAUCUUUAGGUGGCAUGACAUUGCUAACAUGUCUCACAACAAGUCCUUUUUCGCGUUAGAGUUGGCAAAUAAAGAAGAGACUAUCCAGUUCCAAACUGAAGACAUGGAAACAGCAAAAUAUGUUUGGAGGAUGUGUGUGGCCAGGCACAAAUUUUAUAGACUAAAUAAAUGUAGCCUAGACUCCCCAGUCUCUCCGCCUGAGGAAGGCUCUCAGAAAUCUUUCCUCAUUCUUUCCUUUCCACGCUUUCCAAUCCUUUCUCGUCCUUCUCUGCCCAAAGGACAAGCCCAGGCGGUGACAGUGAAUCCAGUUAGAAGGCGAUCAUCCUCCAGGAUGUCUCUGCAGCCCAAACCACAGCCCUAUAUGAUGCCGCCACCAUCUCAGCUGCACUACAAUGGACACUACGCAGAACAGUAUACAUCUUCCCAAGAUAAUCUGUAUGGGAAUAACCAGAAUGGCUAUUACUGCCACUCUCAGACCAGCCUGGACAGAGCACCACAUGACUACAAUGGUAGAAUCCGCAAUGGCAGCGUCUACAGUGCUCACAGCACAAACUCAUUGAAUAACCCACAGCACUACCUGCAGCCGUCGCCCAUGUCCUCCAACCCAAGCAUUACUGGCAGUGAUGUCCUCAGAUCUGAUUGUGUCCCGUCACAUCGGCACAGUGCCCUUAUACCACCUUCUUAUCGGCCUACCCCAGAUUAUGAGACUGUAAUGAAGCAGCUUAACCGGGGAACGAUCCAUUCAGACAAGCAGAGUCAUUCCAUGAGGAACCUUAACAUUGGCAAUUCAUAUGCCUACAGUAGGCCCGAUGCCAUGGUGUACAGUCAGCCUGAAAUCCGAGAACAUGCUAAUUUCACCUCCCCUCACUCUAGCCACUACCCAUUUAACCUGAAUUACAGUUUCCAUAGCCAGUCCCCCUACCCCUAUCCUGUUGAAAGGCGCCUGGUGGUUGGAGCAGUGAGUGUUCCUGAGCUGACAAAUGUUCAAUUGCAGGCCCAAGAUUACCCUGCACCAAACAUCAUGAAGACUCAAGUGUAUCGCCCUCCUCCUCCUUAUCCUUACCCGAGACCUGCUAACAGCACCCCAGACCUUUCCCGGCACCUCUACAUCAGCAGCAGCAACCCGGAUCUCAUCACCAGACGGGUCCAUCACUCAGUCCAGACGUUUCAGGAGGACAGUUUGCCAGUUGCACAUUCCCUCCAGGAAGUGAGUGAGCCCUUGACUUCGGCCCGGCAUGCUCAGUUGCAGAAGAGAAACAGUAUUGAAAUAGCUGGCUUGGCCCACAGCUUUGAGGCCAUGAGGAUUAAAGAGAGGACCAUGUCAGCAUCGGCCGCAGAUGUGGCCCCUCCAAAGGUUGUCCCUGCUGGCUCGCAGCCCACUGUUUUCUUGGAGAGAACAAAACAAGAGGGAAAUGAGGAACAAGAAGAAAACGUGAAAUACGGGCAUAAGAAGUCUCUUUCAGAUGCUACCAUGCUGAUUCAUAGCAGUGAGGAAGAGGAAGAAUUUGAAGAUGAAAACAAGACUAAUGCAACCAUCUCUCCAUUCAUCAAUGGGAAAUCCCAGCUUCCUUCUGUCAUGGGAUGCUAUCCUCCUGAAUCGUUAUUGAACUAUCCUUACAGUUCUGUCCCUUCACCCCCUGGUCCUUUGCACAUACAUGAACCCAAGUUAUAUAUUACAGAGACUGAGAAGAGGGUAAAAGAUGCUAGUCCUGCCCACAUCAUGGCUGACACUCAGGUGCAGAGAAGAGCUGAUGUGCUGUUGACUCCAUCAGUGUCCGAGUCUGACUUGACAAUAUCUGCAAGAUACAGGGUGCGAAAGGAUUCUGUAAAAAAGAGGCCUGUGUCUGAAUUGCUGUCGGGGAAAAAGAAUAUAGUAGAAGGGCUACCUCCUUUAGGGCAGGUCAUGAAAAAGAACAGAGCUGAAGCCAAAAAAAUGGGACCUUUGAAGUUAGCUGCUUUAAAUGGACUGACAUUAUCUCGGCUGCCACUGCCAGAUGAGGGGAAGGAUGAACCUGCCAGAGCAACAAACGAUGAACGGUGUAAAGGUUUGGAACAAUGUUUAGAACAAGGGAUGGUGUUUACGGAAUACGAACGGAUUCAGAAGAAAAGGCUUGUAGAUGGUGACUGUUCAAUAGCCCGUCUUCCAGAAAAUGCAGAAAGGAACAGGUUUCAGGAUGUUCUUCCUUACGAUGACACCCGAGUAGAGCUGGUCCCCACUAAAGAAAAUAAUACUGGUUAUAUCAAUGCAUCCCACGUUAAGGUCUAUGUUGGGGGCAUGGAGUGGGAUUACAUUGCUACCCAAGGUCCUUUGCAGAAUACAUGCCAAGAUUUCUGGCAGAUGGUGUGGGAGCAAGGGAUUGCCAUUAUUACCAUGGUGACAGCAGAAGAGGAGGGUGGCCGAGAGAAAAGUUUCCGAUACUGGCCACGGCUUGGCUCAAGGCACAACACAGUGACGUAUGGGAGAUUCAAAAUUACCACCCGCUUCCGGACAGACUCUGGCUGUUACGCAACAACAGGUUUGAAGAUCAAGCACCUCCUCACAGGGCAAGAGAGAACUGUUUGGCACCUUCAGUACACAGACUGGCCAGAGCAUGGCUGCCCAGAAGACAUCAAAGGAUUUCUGUCAUAUCUGGAAGAGAUACAAUCAGUCCGGCGCCAUACAAACAGCACAGCAGAUUCUACAGCCCCCAACCCUCCCCUGCUGGUGCAUUGCAGUGCUGGUGCAGGAAGAACUGGAGUGGUCAUCUUAUCGGAGAUCAUGAUUGCCUGCUUGGAACACAAUGAGGCACUGGAUAUCCCAAGAAUGUUAGAUAUGUUAAGACAGCAAAGGAUGAUGAUGGUACAGACUCUGUGCCAAUACACGUUUGUCUAUGGAGUUCUCAUUCAGUUCCUUAAGAGUUCAAGGCUUAUCUAAACUCCCAACUCCACUUUUAAGUCUGCAAGAGUUUACAAAAGCAGCAUUUUGCUUUCCUCCAGGGCAACCUUUCUAGCUCGGUUUAAAGAUUCUGAGUGCAAAUCCAGUGAUGUCAUCAUUUUUUAAAGAGCAAGACUUUGAGUGGAUGGGCUUCUUUCUUUAUGUGCAGUUGUAUCUGGAACAAGAAAGGAAUGAGUGUGGGUUUUUUUAAAAAAAAGAUAGAUAUAUAUGUGUAUUGGUAUGCAGUGCUUUUCAUGUACUUCUGAGGCUGUGUUACUGUAGGCAAAACAAGUGCCGAUCCUGCCAAGGCAGAACUGUAGCACACUGAAAAUCAUUGGUGGCUAAUUUUUAAUUCCAUUUAAAAAAAAAGAACACUUUUAGAGUAAAGAGGAAAAACCCUAAAACUAUAUCUGUCUGUACUUAUCAAUACAUUGUGUGGGAAAUACGUGCCCUAUAAAUAGAGGGUGGUAACCAAGACAUAUUCAGAGUAAACCCAUUGAAAUCAGUCCAUCAUUUCAGUGGAUCUUCUCUAGGUAUGUAUGAUUUAGUUGGCUACUACCCAGAAGUUACAAAUGGCAUCACUGUUCUUUGAAUUUUGUAUUUAAAUCAGUGCUAAUAUAUCUUUAAAACACUCAUGAAUUGUACAGAUUUGGAACCAGCAUCUACACGAAAGUGUUAAAAGAUGGCACUUAAAGCUAUUACUUUUGUACUUAACUUUUUCUUUUGUACUUUUCUAAAAACUACAAACAGCACAAUAUUUCAGGAUAGUAUGUAUGCAGGCAGACAGAAGGGGAUUGGUUUAAUAUUUUUAGAGAGUAGAGAGGAGGAAAUGGGAAGUGAUGAUGGCUUGCACAGUUUGAGAUGUCUUAAAAUGAGCAAGAGCAGUGUCUAUGUAGAAAACACAUUACUUAAAAAAAAAAAAAAGCUAGGAGAAAUGGUUACAUCUGGCACUUUUUUAACUCCCCAGAGCUAAGAAAGGAGAAUGUUGCUUAUACUUUCAAGCCAAAAGGAAAAAAGGUAUUACCUUAUGUUGUGUUAUGUAGCUCUCAGAAGAUUCAAAAGUUAUGAAUGAAGUGUAUCCUCAGUAUUAUUCAUUUAUUUAGAAGACUGUUUGAUUCUACUGGUAGGUAGAUGCAGGUGAAAAAUAAGCACUUUCUUGGCUCUUUUAUCUAGGGAAACGUUUAUGCUGUAUGUUUAACUGAUUAGCAUACCAUUACUAAAGGUUUUUCUUUCUUUUUUUAAGAAAAGCUUUUUAAAAUGGACUGAGUGAGAGUUGACAAUUUUUAAGUAGGGCAUUGCACAUUGAUAACUAAGGAACCUGUAUGUGAGAGAGGGUUAUUGGUUUAAAUGUUUUCGCAGAUAGGCUGCAGUGUUACUCGUAUUGUUUUAUGUUCUCCUAUCAAGAUAAUCAAAAAGUAUCUUCAGUUCAAAGAGUCUAUGGUAACCUAUUUCCUUUCCCUCCUGAGUGACCUCCCUAAAAGCCAUCCCUCCAGUGGGGUUGAAAUGAGAUUAGAAAGCAACAUAAAUUUUGAUAGGUCUACUCCACUUCUCUGUGAGCACUUGGUGGACCAGAAAUGGUAAAAGUUCUUACUGAAGGGUAAAGGCCUCUGGAAGGCAUAGACAUCAACAGCAAAAAAUAAUGGGUUUUCCAUAAUUGCAUAAAAUGACGUCAAAGACUUAUGGAGAGGUGGUCAUUCUCUCCAUAGGCAUUUACACCAUACACUUAUCUUUAUGGUAGUUGUGAAUACCACAAGGUAAAUAAGUUGUCUCAAAGCACCUCUGGCUGUUUUUGGGAUUGUUGUACACUAUUUAGUCAGUAAUCAAAUUGCUCUAUGCUUAAGGUACAUCCCUCUAGCUAAUCUUUUUCUUCUGUUUGAUGUUGAUCAUGUCUAUCCUUGAGUCGUACAAUCCACAGUCAGAUGAGGUUGAACUACUGUCCAAAGAGGUUUAUGAUGUGCCUUGAAGAGUCUGAUUAGGCCUCAAGAACAGUGGGCAGAAGAUUUGGUCAGCUUUUGAUAUCAGUGAUGCUAAUUUACACUGUGCAGACUCAGUUACCUUUGCCAUCUCUCUGUUUAAAAUCAGGCUGGGUGAUCCAGUUUUCCUGCCAUUUUUAGUUGUUACCAUCAAUGGCAGCUUCUGCAAGUUUUGAGUUCUGAUGUUUUGGCUAAGUUCCAUGAUUUGGCAUUUUAUUCAUAGACCCUGAAAACAUGACAUUUUUCACGAGAGCUUUUCCUCAAGCUGGGUCUUGUAUGUCAACAUUGAAAGUUGGGAGGGGUAUAGGCAGGGGAAGGCUUGGAGGCAAUACAGAGGAAUUUGGAACCGUUCUGCAGGCACAAUAUGGCAAUCAGAAGAACAAUCUUCCUACAAUGUUCAUGUCUACCUUUUUGCAACAUGCAGAAUACUUGAACAUGUAGUCGUAGCCUAUAGAGUACGGAUGGCUAACCAUUUGCCCUCCAGAUGUUGGACUGCAGCUUCCAUCAUCUUUGACCAUAGGCCAUGCUGGCUGGGGCUGUUGAGAGUUGAAAUCCAACAACGUCUAGAGACCCAAAGGUUGGUCACCCUUCUAUAAAGAAUUGUUUUUAGUAUCUUGCUUUAAGAUUCUGUUUCAAUUCUCUCUUGGUUGUAUCAGAUGGUUGUUCCCUAAGAGAUAGUUCAGUUGCACCAGUUUCUGUGUAAUGAAUGAGGCUUUGUUCAUAUAUUAGCCCUACCUGACCAGCACAAAGAAAGGGAGAAUGGGAAUUUGCCUUUGGCAUCCCCACUUUGAGUUAAGCACUUAAUACAUCCUUGAACUGGCUUGAAGUAAGAGGACUAGAAAAUGCUCAGACAGAGCACUUAAUUCCUAAUUCUGCCUGCUAAAAUCGUGUUUAUUCAUAUUCAAGGAAACAUGGAUUGUGCAUUUUCCCCCCACCCACACAGAGGUAAUUCAUUAAAUUCAGUUAGUCCUUCUCUUUGAAUGCAUUGCCCAAUUCCUGCCUCCAAUUAGCAUGAACUGUGCUUGGUAUAACAGAGUGCUGUCCCACUAAGCAUAUCCACAGUUAUGUGCAUCUUGCUAAAGUAUUGCCAUAUGACUGAUGGGCAUAGUGUUUGCAAGCAAUGUGAUUUGACCUGAUCUUUGGGCGGGGGGGGGGUUCUUAAAGCUAAGCUCUAAGAUCAGACUUAUAAGCUAUCAAGCAAGCUUCUUAGGAGGUCUAUUUCAGUGCAGUGAAAAGAGUAGUUCUGAAACCUCUUACGAUGAAACACUGCAUUGUUGGAUCUAAACACAACCCAGAGAACUAUAGAUCUGACUCCUUACUCACCAAGGCCCAGGUCUCUUUUCCCCGCUCCCACCUCACCCCCUAGCAAACAGCAAUUGCUUUGGUUGCAUGAUAAGUUGAUAUUGAAAAUGGAGGAAAGUUCUAAAGUGGCUUGUGAUGCCAAAGUAGGGGAUGUGGGGUGUGUGUUGAAUAUGUCCAAGACUUGGGGAAGCAAGGAAGGGAGGUUUCUAAAUGUGUUUCUUACUACGUUUCCUUGGCUCUUUUGCGUCUCUGUGCAGUCGCACAUUUUGGGAUUGAUAGAAAUGCAAGCUAUAAUGUAGGAUGUUCUAGCACAAGCAAAGAGCCUUCUUGCCGCAUAUGGACAGGGGGUUGGUUCCCACUCAUUUCUUCCCCAGUUAUCCUGAAUUGGCCCUUUUGGGGUACAGCACAACUAGUCUCAGUUUUCUUGAAGCUGCAUUUUGUAUUUCAGAAAUGCUAGUAAAGAGGGGUAGGGUUUUUUUGUCAAAAUGUAUGUUGACAUGAUGCUGCCUUGUGAAGUGAAAAAUGUGCCACAAUCCCCCCCCCUCCUGAAGACCUGUUGUGCUAAAUAAGAUGGAAUUUGGUCCUAUUAAUACAGAUUAAGCAAGAUACAGACAUGUGAAGAGAGAGUGUAUGUGUGUGUUUAGAGAUCUGCAGCUGUUUUAGUUUCCUUAAAACUUUCUUGAAGCACAGGUUAAAAAGAAAAGAUGCCUAAGUAUAUAAAAGGAAGUUGCAAUGUGUCAUUUUAUUUCACCGGAAUAUCCUAAAAAAUGUUGAGGAUAUUUGAAAUGACCUAAAUGGAACUUCCAGAAAGGUUCUGAAAAGAAAAUGACCAGUUAGGUAAUGUAGCCCAUUCUCUGACUAACGGUAAGAUAUCUGUUAUCAAAGCAGGUCUGUGGUGUUCCUUUCCUGAAUUGCUCUUGGACCCAAAAUGACUACUGAUUUCAGUGCUAGCUUAGUAUAAUUAGGAUGUGUUGCCACUACUGCGGUGUGGGAAUUGCCUCCCAAUAUCGAGUUCUCUGCUGCUCCUAUUAUGUUUCUAUGGAGAGACUAAAUGCCUGAGGCAAAUGAUGUUGUUCAUUUCCCACACCACUUUCAUCCUUGCAUGGAAAGGAACCACGUAAUGUGCAUAAUCUCCAUCAUGGAUGGGGAGCCUUUGGCCCUCCAGCUAUUGCCAGACUCCCAAUUCGCAUCAGUUCCAGCCAGCAUGGCCAAUGGUCAAGGAGGAUGAGAGUUGCAGUCUAGCAACAUCUUGAAGGACACAGCUAAAGACAUGCCUAAUUUGCAUGAUCCCACCACACUAGAGAGACUGGACCACAAGGAAGUCGUUUCUAUGCAAUUCUGGUAAUGUGUGACUCUGGAACUGGAUGCUUUUCAGGGGGGCUGAACUUGCAAGGUUUUCUGAGAUUCUGAAACUUCAAAAUCUUUUUCGCCUUCAUCGGGUGCUCAACAACUUUCAGAAUUAACUCUAUGCAAGUGAAAUAUACUGGAUCUUGUGCUUUAUUUUCUCCUUUUUGUGCCAGUAUACAGGGAUUUAUUCAGCACUUUGCUUCAACAGUAGCACAUGUCUCCAACUCAAGUAUUAUUUUUUUGGGGGGGGUCCAGUGUGUGCUCUGCUUUGUGUGUGUCUCUCUCUCAAUCAGUACUGUAAAAAUGUAUAAUUUCUUCAGCUUUAAACCUUGUACAAUUGAAAUGGGUUUGUAAAACAAUGUACAAAUUGUAUUUGAUAGACAGAAAUGCUUGUUUUACUUUAAUAUGUAAUAUAUGUGAAAUGAAUUAUAUAAUAGUCUAUUUUUGCCAUGGAAAUAAAUAUUUG